AUGCUGGGAAGAGGCCCGGGCCGGCUGCUGAAUGCCGGAGAACAUGGCCUGGGCGCGGGGGGUGUGGGGGGCGCAGGGGGCGUGGGGUCACGGGGUCACGGGGUCACAGGGGGCAUGGGGGGUGAGGGGGCGCAGGGGGCACAGGGGGCACGGGGCCUGGGAGGGUGCCGCCUGCGAGAGGGCGGGCACGGCACGAGCGCUGUGCCUGGACGCCUGUUGCUCCGCCCGCCCUUUGGGCACACGCACGGCGGAAGCCCCGGGAGGGCAAGGCUGGCUCUCGGCGUGGGCCGGGGCACCCCGAGCCACGUGGGCAGCCUGGGCCUGGCUGUGGUGGGCAGCCGUCCUGCCUACGUGCACCCCCUGCCUUUCCGGCCUCUCAGCCCUCGUGCCAUCUCUCCUCUCCAGGCGUCUGCCCUGCCGGGUGGGUGGGGAGCAGGGGGAGGCCCAGAAGCCUGGAGAGGCCGAAGGGGCCGGCCGGGAUUUCUGUUGGAUCCUGGAGGCGAGAGGAAGCCCCCGCGUCGAGGGCCCGAGCCCAGCUUCCUCGACCGAGAAAGGGCGCACGAGGGGGCCGCCGAGCCCGGCCGGACUGACCGUCCGCUGUGUGACCUCUCUCGUCAGUACCCCGAGCUGAUGGUGGCAUCGUAUAACAGCAACGAGGACGCCCCCCACGAGCCCGACGGGGUCGCCCUGGUCUGGAACAUGAAGUUCAAGAAGACCACGCCGGAGUACGUCUUCCACUGCCAGUCCUCCGUGAUGUCGGUCUGCCUGGCCCGCUUCCAUCCCAACCUGGUGGUGGGCGGCACCUACUCGGGCCAGAUCGUCCUCUGGGAUAACCGCAGUCAUCGGGGGACGCCAGUGCAGCGCACGCCCUUGUCUGCGGCCGCACACACGCACCCCGUCUACUGCGUCAAUGUGGUUGGCACCCAGAAUGCCCACAACCUCAUCACCGUCUCCACGGACGGCAAGCUGUGCUCCUGGAGCCUGGACAUGCUCUCCACGCCACAGGAGAGCAUGGAGCUGGUGUACAACAAGUCGAAGCCUGUGGCCGUCACUGGCAUGGCGUUCCCCACCGGAGAUGUCAACAACUUCGUGGUGGGCAGCGAGGAGGGGACGGUCUACGCAGCCUGCCGCCACGGAAGACGAGGAGGCUGCUUCAGCUGCUUGUGCCCUGCUGGGGGCCAGGUGCGAAUCCCCCUCUGGAAGGCCUGGGCCUGGGGAACAGCCCUGGGCCCCCAGCCAGGCCCGGAUCAGAACUUUGGCUUUCUUCUCCGGCAGGUCCCCACGGCCAGCGUGGCUGUGGAAGGGGCCUCGGCCCUCAACCGCGUCCGCUGGGCCCACACGGGCAAGGAGGUGGCCGUGGGGGAUUCGGAAGGGCGCAUCUGGGUCUAUGACGUCGGAGAGCUCGCCGUUCCCCACAAUGACGAAUGGAGCCGCUUCGCUCGGACCCUGGUGGAGAUCCGGGCGAACCGGGCCGACAGCGAGGAGGAGGGCAGCGCGGAGCUGGCCGCCUAGCGCAGCCGCCCUGGUCCUGGCCGGGCCUCCCCGUGUCCCGAGGCUUCCCGCACUCCCGCGUUCCCGCCAGCGCCUGGCCGCCCUCCCUGCGGGCCCCACGUACCCCGCUUCUGCCCCAAAGUCCGGCCUUCCCGGCUUUCCCGGCUCGGAGCCCCCCGGCCGUAGCCACGGCGCGGUCAGGGCUGCGGCGCAACCCGAAGCACGAGCCCGGCCCGUGGCUGUCCGACUGGCGAUCCAGGAGGGCCCGGCCCGGCCCGUGUGUCAGGCCGUCCGGGUGGAGCAUGCACGUAGGCCUGAGCCGCUGGUUCCUGACCGUGACCCGGAAGUGCCAAUAAAAUGGA